CUUUUAACAUGUGAUUGUCAAGUUCCAAAGUUUUGAUAACAGCCUUUGUCGCUAUAUCCCUCACUGUUAACAUCAAGUUCAAAGUUUGAUUUGUAUUUGAGGACUCUUAAGGAGGCAAUCGAUAAUCAUUUGAUUAAUUUCGCAGAUUCAAAAUGCCUGCUAGUGAUAUUUUAAAAAUACCUAUUUUUUCAGGACAAAUUUCUGAACUCAAAAGUCAGUUUCAAUCCCUGAAUAAACAGUAUCCAAAUUUUCAACCACUUGUGGUCAUUAUAGAGGUUGAACCAUGCACAACAAGUGGAAGCAGAACCUCUCAGAUUAUAAAAUCUGUUCUUGAGGAAAGUGGAAUAAUUUGCAACUUAAUUUCUCAAAGAAUUGUGGCUGACAUAAAAUCAUUGCUUUUGAAUCAAAUCAGGAGCUUAAAUUCAGAUCCCAAUGUCCAGGGAAUUUUGGUUCAGUUGCCAGAGGAUUCUCUUUCCAUCUCUGCAUCAAUAUAUGAUGCCAUUCUUCCUUGCAAGGAUGUAGCAGGAAUUACUAAUGGAAACUUUGAAAAUGUCAAUGAAAAGAAUUUGUCUUUAUUGGCUACUGCAGCUGUUGCCACACAGGAGAUGUUUAAAGCAGCUGGAAAAAAUAUUGAAAAUGCAAAUGUCUUCUUGUUGGGAAAGAAAUAUAUAUUUUAUUCCAUAUCAGAGAUAUUAUUCAGGCAAAAUGCUGUUCUGACCUUAUCUCAGUCACGAGCAGAGGAACUGCCUUCAGGAAUAGAAAAUGCCGAUGUUAUUAUCUCCUCUCUGCACAUUUCUUCUGAUGAUACAAAACAUUUAAAACCUGGAUCGCUUUUAAUUAAUUGUUCUGAAACAGAUUGUGAAGAUCAGAGUGCAUUCAGUUUUAUUGAUACUUUUACAUCCUAUAAUUAUUUUUGGAGCUCUGUUGCAGUUAAUAUUGCUAAGAAUACUUUUACUGCAGUGAAGAACUUAUUUCAGCACACAUGGGAUCUAAAACCCAUACCUAUUAAUUUUGGGGUUCCAAGCUUAAGUGACAUUGAAAUUACAAGACUUCAAAAGUUGAAAGAUAUUGCUGUUUUGGCAAAAGAAAUUGGAAUCUUGCCUCAUGAAAUUGAACUUUAUGGUGACAAAAAGGCUAAAGUCUCUCUGUCAGUUCUAGACAGAUGCAAAUUUAGAGAACCAGGAAAAUAUGUUGUUAUUGCUGGAAUUACACCAACUCCACUAGGAGAAGGCAAAAGUACUACUACUGUUGGUUUAUGCCAGGCAUUAGCUGUGCAGCUGCAAAAGAAUGUUAUAGCUUGCUUGCGUCAACCUUCACAAGGUCCAACAUUUGGCAUUAAAGGUGGAGCUGCUGGAGGUGGAUAUUCACAGGUUAUUCCCAUGGAGGAAUUCAACUUGCAUUUGACAGGUGAUAUACAUGCUAUUACUGCUGCAAAUAAUUUACUUGCUGCCCAGAUUGAUGCUCGCAUGUUUCAUGAAGCCACUCAAUCUGAUGCUGAUUUGUUUAAAAGACUAAUUAAGGUCGUUGGUGGAAAGAAGCAGUUCACCAAGAUACAGAUUGCAAGACUUCAGAGACUUGGCAUAGAUAAAACUGAUCCAACUGCACUGACCACUGAAGAAAUUAGUAAAUUUGCGAGACUUGAUAUAGAUCCAGCUACUGUUUCAUGGCACAGAGUUAUUGAUACAAAUGAUAGAUUCCUACGAAAAAUCUGUAUUGGAAUGGCUGACACUGAGAAAAAGAUGACAAGAGAGACACAGUUUGACAUUGCUGUGGCUAGUGAAAUCAUGGCAGUUUUGGCCUUGGCAACAGAUAUGGCAGAUAUGAAGAAAAAACUUGCCUGCAUUGUUGUUGCCAAUAAUAAAAAUCAAGAACCUGUUACUGUUGAUGACUUGGGUGUCACUGGAGCUUUAGCUGUUUUGUUGAAGGAUGCCAUUAAUCCAAAUUUAAUGCAGACAAUUGAAGGUGCACCUAUAUUUGUUCAUGCUGGGCCUUUUGCAAAUAUUGCUCAUGGGAACUCUUCAAUUAUUGCUGAUAAACUAGCUUUGAAAUUAGUGGGAAAGAAUGGAUAUGUUGUAACUGAAGCUGGUUUCGGUUCAGAUGUUGGUCUUGAAAAGUUUUGUGAUAUAAAGUGCCGUUACUCUGGUUUGGUUCCUAAUGCAGUUGUAAUUGUUGCAACAAUAAGAGCUUUGAAAUUGCAUGGUGGUGGUCCUAACAUAACAUCAGGAGCUUCCUUGUCAAAGGAAUAUACACAAGAAAAUCUUGAAUUAGUUCAAAAUGGAUAUUGCAAUCUUGCUAAACACAUCGAGAUAGCAAGUACAUUUGGUUUGCCAGUAAUUGUGGCUCUUAAUGCUUUCAGUACAGAUACUGAGGCAGAGUUAGCUCUCGUGAAAGAAUUAGCAGAGAAAGAUGGUGCUUUCAAGUGUGUCGUUUGUAGUCACUUUUCUGAAGGUAGUAAAGGAGCCAAAGAUCUAGCUGAAGCAGUUGUGGCUGCCUGUGUACAAAGAAGCAAAUUCAAAUUCCUGUAUAAUCUUGAGUCUUCUCUAGAACAGAAAAUUGAAAUAAUUGCUAAACAAAUCUAUGGGGCUGAUGGUAUUGAAUUUAAAGGUAAUUCUAAAGAGAAGUUGGAACUAUUAGAAAAACAGGGAUUUGGUAAUUUGCCAAUAUGCAUGGCCAAAACACCAUUAUCGCUUUCUGAUAAUCCAGCCAAAAAAGGUGUGCCAAAGAAUUUUACCAUUCCAAUUCAAGAUGUGAAACUUAGUGCUGGUGCUGGAUUUGUGUAUCCAUUAUUGGGAGCUGUAACAACAAUGCCUGGACUGCCGACCAGACCAUGCUUUUAUGAUAUAGAUAUUGAUGCAGAUACUGGAGAAAUUGAAGGUUUAUCCUAAGGCAUUCAAGAUAGAAGUCUUGAGAACAAUGCAUCAUUGAAUUUCAGAUGAAAUUACUUCACUCAAAUAUUUAUGAACUUUUGUAAUUUUCUAUUCAAUUAAAUGAAUUUGCAUAACUUG